UUGCCGGGGACCGACGUUUGAAUGGCUGUUGCUUUUAUCGCCCUCGGGCCAUGUAAUAUUAUUAGCGAAUUUCAAUUGCAUUCAUUCUCAUUCUCAUUUCGGUUGUGCCAGUCUACACCUGUUAGGCCUGUCUACGGCGGCCUUGGCUGGCCAGCGCGCAUCGUAUUUCGCCGGCGACGUGGACGAAUCUGAGCACAGUCUGUGCGGCAGCAAAACAACACUUCGGAUCCGGUCUGCGGGGUGUCUUCUGGGAGAGUGGACAGGCGGCAUACAGUUAAAGAUUUGAUUUUUGCACUGCCAAACAGAGCUCCAUUUGUGUUUACAAAUAUUGACGAGUACAUACAAUAUUCAUAUGACGGAUAGUGUGAUAUGUCUUGAAAGGGGAUGCAUUGUGGCGGAGUUGGAUUUAUCCAGAUAAAAAGGAAUACGAGUGCCAUCGAGCAGUACAAGCCCUUGGGAUAAAAUCUAUUGCAACACAGUUAAUAGCUCAUAUUCGCUCCUACCGACAACGCAUUGUUUUGCGAAUUCAAUUAAAGCAAUCAAAUUUCAAACCCAACCGACUUGGAGCCCCGCCUGGCACCAGCACCAGCACUAACCCCGACGAGCUGGCGAAAGGAAACAAAGCUUACCCGUAAAUAAAUACAUGUGUAAUUGCCUUAAAAGGAGAGUGCAACUUGGCUGGCAGUGGCAGUUACAGACGCGACAUGGUCGCGCCCGAACCAGAGUUACAGCAGGUGUCUGAUUCUAGAUCUCAGCCAAUGAGUAGGCUGGAUGUGGACGCGGUACAAGCCACAAACGAGGGCAGCAAUCGGCCAAAGGAAAUCAAAGCAUUUGAUGGAAAGUCGCUGGAGAAUAUAAUCAGCGAUAAGGGAAAGCCUAAGAAAGUUUCUGAUAAACCAAAACCUGCAUAUAAGAGCCUGAAGCGUAGGCCAGUCAAAACACACAGAGACAACAGACCUCUGGUGCUUGAGGAAAGGCAUUCGCUUUCGAUAGCCGAGACAAAGAAGCGUAGGGCCAGCGUGUUCUCCAAAGAACGCCUCUUCAUCCCAAAAGAUCUGGCACGCAGCAAUCUGCAACAGCGAGCCAGCUCGGGAGUGAAUAGCGUUGAUAAAUUAUCCAGCAACACGGAAUAUUGUCUCCGCAUGCUCAAGUUUCCCGUUGGAACUGGACGGGCCCGAUUCGUGGCCAAAAAACUGAAGAAGGGACAGGUGGCUGGUGUACAAAGCAGCUCCAAGGAGCCGGCAGAUAGCACACACCAUCAAAUGAUCAUGGCAGAUGGCAAUGGAAAGGAUACGAGUAUGGAAACGAAGGAAGCUGAUGCUCUCAGAGCAAACCCCAUGGCUACGAAGGAGGAGCCCAUAGAUAUGCCCAAUCUAAAUGUUGAAAGUGCUCUCAAUGACCCGGUGAUCCACAUCCAGGUGCUCCCUGUUGACGAUGACGACGAUGCUGAUGAUGACAUAAAGAAAAAAUCAGUAGUGCCCGAUCCAGCAAGCGGGCCACACUCAAUGCAGGAUCAAUGCCACAGCGUGAUUAAAGUUAGCACUCAGUUGAUGUCGGAGAAGGGGGUUCCAUCGGAUCAGCCAUAUCCCUGUUUGCGUUGGCACAACCCAGACAACCAAUUUCUCGAUCUAAAAAUGGGUCUCCUGGAUGACCUGAGGAACAUACCGGAAGUGGAAGCAAUGGCAAACUACAACGAAGUAGAAAACAAUGGAGAACGCAAUAAAGGUGCAGAAAGAGCUGAAGGCCAGGAGGAACGGGUGCAACAAAUUAGCGGAAUCCUAACCGAGACCCAGCAGCUACCCCGACCGGAGCCACACCAGCAAUCGGAGAUGGCGCCCAUGCUCAUCCCAAACGACCCGAUAUAUCCGUCCGUCCAUCAUAUACAGCCUCCGCCCAGGGUUGAGGCCCGACCCGAGCCACAGGCUCAUUAUUAUUCUGUUCCCGUAACCGUAAACAGUCCCUUUGGGGUUACAUCAAACGCCACGUCCUCAGAAGCGGCAGGAGAACAUUCUAUACUCUGUCAGCGAUUACUGCAUCAUAGCGUCCUCCCGAGUGUGGACCAAUUUCAGCCAAGCAGCGCCUGCCACAACAGUGCCAUGGAUCUGACCAAUCAGAGGUACAGGCACCAGCAUGCGGAUGGGGAAACGCAAGCACUUCCCAGUGCAAUGGAGCAUCCGUGGAGGCAGCAGAGCCUCGACCCACAUCCGGGCCACUCUCCGCAAACACAACAACAGCUACAGAAUCUCUUUGCACAGCCGCCCGUCCAGCAUCACACAAUUCCGCACUUAUCGGCGCAGCAUCAUCAGGUCUUGUGUCAGCAGAAUAUACUCGAGUCCAUUGGUCAGCUGGAGAAACUGAAGGUCAUGCACCAGAACCUGAAGCUCCAGGAAGAAAAACAAGCACGUUUCUUCCACACAGCCCUCACGACCAUUCUCAACGAGCGGGCGGGCGAUGAGCAUAUGUUUCAGUACAAAAUGAAACAAAGCAAAAAGGCAGAGGACAAGCUGAAUGCGGACAAGGAGAAGCAGCAGCGAAAACUGAAAGCAGAUCUCCAAUAUUUGGAUGUGCGCAUACGUAACCGGCAGCGCGUGUUGUCCUGGCGGCAGCAUCAGCAACAAUUGCUGUUGCAGAACCCAUUCCAUCAACAGCAGCCGCUGCAGCAGCAGCAUCAGCCGCAGCAGCAUCAGCCGGAGCAUCAUCAGCCGCAGCAGCAUCAGCCGGAGCAUCGUCAGCCGCAGCAGCAUCAGCCGGAGCAGCAUCAACCGGAGCAGCAUCAGCCGCAGCAGCAUCAGCCGCAGCAGCAUCAGCCGGAGCAAUAUCAGCCGCAGCAGCAUCAGCCGCAGCAGCAUCAGCCAGAGCAGCAUCAGCCGCAGCAGCAUCAGCCGGAGCAGCAUCAGCCGCAGCUGCAGCCGGACAUUCUGUACCACUACCCGCAGAGGCCGGUGGUAGUAGAGGAGUCCCACAAGCAGUAUCAUCAGAAACAGCAACAACAACAGCAGCUGCAGCAACAUCAGAAGAAACAGCACCAGCAGCGCGUACAUCAGCAACACUACACGGCCAUGUUUGAGCCGCCCCCCUACAUAUAUCCAUCAUCCACCUCCUACAGGCUGCCUUUGAAUGUUGCAACUACCGCUGCCGCUUCAGGAAGUGAAUUUCAGGCGAAACUCAUGCCAUUGGCUCCUCUGCAGAGAAAGCCACCGUUCUCCAGCUGCGAGAAUGCCAAAAAAAGGACCAAGACCCAAGAUGUCGAGCUACGACGUGAAAUCAACGAGCGUAGAGGAGUCGCAUAUCCGACUCCGUCCGUAGAAGUCCACUAUCCCCCAGCUGCUACCGCCACAGACUCCUCCUCCACAUACCCCCCCUAUCGUUUUCAAUACAUCUACAAACCAUCUACACCCGAAAGAAGUCAGGAGCAGAGAGCACCCGGGCACGACCGCGAGUACGGUUCGGCAGGGGAAACGGCAUCUACUUUUAUCACAAACUAUGUCUCGAGCUAUCUCAAUGAGAAUAUGCGAACAAAUAAGUGAUAAUAUAAAGUUCAGUUGAAUUGAAUAGAUUGUGAUUAUAGUAUUAACGUAGAAAUUACCAACAACACAUAACAUAUGUUACGUCCUAAGAUAAAUUCCGAAUUUAGUAAAAUAUUUAUACAAACUUAAGAAUACCCAUUCAACCUAACCUAACCUAAGAAUACCCAUACAUUUAAGAAAUACAAGUAGUAUGUAUGUACGUACAUAUACGAGUACUUUCAUUCACUGUAUAUAUAUAUUUUUUUUUUACCAUUAAAUCAAAUAUUUUGCGGCAAUUUCUAACCGACAAGUAGCUUCCAACAUCUAGUGUCUCUGGUCUGCAUCCAGAGGCAGCAUGCCCAGCAGUUCAUGAACAUUACGUUACGUUAAACAAUUUAAAAAUAUAGAUAAUAUAAUUCUAUAUAAAUUUCGGUAGAAAAAAGUAUAAAGAGUAAGUCAAAGGAUAAAGACUUACCUCACAUGUUCCCAUAAUGCUGUAGAUUUGUAUAUUAUUUCCAUUUUUUUUUUUGUUUUUUUUCCCCACACAAACGGAUAAGCACAUGAAAAUAAAAACAUUAAAAUACAAAAAACGAAGGGGAACGAAUGUAUAAAUAUGUACAUAUACGUGACCCUAUGAUUUAUGUAUUUAAUACAAUACGUUUUAUAUUUCGUUUGAUAUCGCUGUUCGCAAAAGAGAAAAAUUGAUUUUCUUCAAAAA